AUGAGAAGAGCACCACAGGAGCGAUUUGGUAGAGAACAGUUUGCGCUUACUCGAAAUGUGGCAGAUGGGCAUUCUUCUGGAUCACGAUUUUCUCGUCACACAGACACAAGAGCAGCACCAAGGGAGCGAUUUGGUGGAGGGCAGUCUAGCGAGGCGGCUGGGACAAAGAGUAGGACAGAGGUUCAAAGAAAAUCGGUGCAGGGACCAGAAUCACUUCCCUACACGACUGCCGCUUCAGAGUUCAUCUAUGGCCACUCAAGUGUCCUCGCUGCAAUCAAAGCAAACCGACGUAAAUUCUACAAGCUCUAUGUGCACUCUCGGGGCGCGAGCAGAGAUGGGCUCAUGUCUCAGAUCCGAGCCCACAAGCUUUUCCCAAUUACGGAAGAGGUAGGAGACGAGUAUCUGCGUGCAAUGGACAAGGCCAGCAGUGGGCGUCCGCACAACGGCAUAAUCCUAGAGUCAUCACCACUUCCUGUUCUGCCCAUUACAGAACUCAAGAUGGGAUCCAUUCAAGACGAAAGCUUCAGUGUAGCGCUUGGCAGCCAGAGUGCUGAAGAUGUACUUGUCAAUGGCAAGCAGGAGCUAUACACAUACAGGUCACGCGGCUGGAGACAUCCACUAGUGUUGUACGUGGAUGGAGUAGUUGACGAAGGCAAUCUUGGGGCCAUUGCACGGUCGGCCUAUGUGUUAGGCGCAGAUGCCAUUGCGACCCCGACGCACCACACGGCAAACUGGAGCCACAUUGCGGUCAAGGCCUCGGCAGGGGCCGCUGAAGCGAUGCCGCUGUUCAAGGUUGGAGAGCCCACAGAUUUCCUGGGCAGAAGCUCUAGAGCAGGCUGGCGGAUAUACGCGAGCGAUGCAGUGCCGCGCACUCUAUCUAGUAGCAUGUCAAGUGCCGAAGCCACUGAUAUGGAGUGUGGCGGGGUUGUAUACACCAUGGCUCGAAGCACCAAACGGCUUCCCUCAGGCCACAGCCCUGUAGCAGAGCAUCCUACGAUAGUGAUGAUGGGGGCUGAGGGUACGGGGUUGAGGGCCAGCCUGUUGAAUCUGGCGCAUUAUAAAGUGGGUAUUCCGCAUGGUCGCGGGGUCAACGAGAUUGGUGUGGACAGUCUGAACGUCAGUGUUGCAGCCUCUAUCCUCUGCUACGAGAUGCUGCAGAGGCCAAAGGCGCAGCCGAAGCGUGAUGCAGAAGAGGCUCUCUUCUAG